GCUGCGUUGUAAUCCGCACACUGCACACAAAUUCAGAGCAACAACUAUUCCACGGACAACAUUUUUGCUCACAAGCUUGUCUUUUUUUGCUUUUGAAGCCCCACAGAGCAUUUUUUAUUUUUUUUUUUUAAAAAGGAAUAAGGACAUUUUUAGAUUUUGGAUAUAUUACAGCUUGAUACCUUAAAAUAUCUUACAAGGGACAUCUGAACAGUUAUCAUCAUCAGAGAUACAAAGGAGCAAUAAGGGAAAAAUCAUGAAAAAGGGAAAGCAGGUAGGUGACGACAAUGAGCCUCCCAGUUAUCAGGAGGCAACAGCAGGCUAUGAGGAGAUGCAGGCCCAGUUCUCCUGGGACGACAAGACCAUCAGACAGACUUUCAUCAGGAAGGUCUACGCCAUUCUUAUGCUCCAGCUGUUUGUCACUGUGGGAGUCGUUUGUCUCUUCACAUUCUGCGCACCAGUGAGGUUUUACAUUCAGACCCAUCCCAGCCUGUACAUGGCAUCUUAUCUCAUGUUUUUUGCCACCUACAUUGCACUGUCCUGCUGUGGAGACCUGAGGAGACAGUUUCCCUGGAAUGUGAUUCUGCUAGUUCUCUUUACUUUGAGCAUGUCCUUCAUGAUGGGAUUUGUGUCGAGCUUUUACAACACCAAGUCAGUGGCGCUGUGUCUGGGAAUCACAGCUCUGGUGUGUCUUUCUGUCACCAUCUUCAGCUUCCAGAGCAAGGUUGAUGUCACCUCCUGCCAGGGCGUCCUGUUUUCUCUGUGCAUGGUCAUGCUUCUCUGUGCCAUCACACUCUCCAUUGUCGUUCCAUUUGGAUAUGUUCCCUGGUUACAUGCCAUCUAUGCAGUGUUAGGAGCCAUCCUUUUUACUCUGUUUUUGGCAUUCGACACUCAGCUGCUCUUAGGGAACAAGCGCUACACUAUAAGUCCAGAGGAAUAUGUUUUUGCCACUCUCAGCCUCUACCUGGACAUCAUCUACCUGUUCUCCUUCCUGCUACAGAUCAUGGGGGGAGGCCGCGACUGAAGCAUGUCAAGCACUAUAUGCACUUUUUGAACUUUUAACAAGCUCAACAAGCAACCUGGAUUCAUCUUCCUUCAGAAUAAGUCGACAUCAGGGCUAUACGUUUGAUAAGAGCAAUCUGUCGGGUCUUUGCUGGUAGUUAUCUAAUCCCAUUUAUCACUGUGCCCUAACACUAUCCACACCUACCAAUUUUUCUCUGUACUCUGGCAAUCCCGUUUAGAGGUUUGUGAAUUGCUCUGAGUGUCUACUGAUACCUCCCCAUCCAAAAGUGUGUGUUUAGUCUGUCAGGCUCAGAAGAGGACAAAAGCGCUCACAAACACAAGUGAGAAAUCAACUUCCUUGGCUCCAUCACUCAGUUUAUCCAUCACUGAGCCAAUAAUGGAUAUUCAGGGAAUCUGCACUUUCAAGCUCAGCAGGGUUGAGUUUGCUUUAAUAACCUGUUUGGUGAACAACAUGUAGAUUUACUUUCAUACUUGACAAGUUCAGUGUUUUGUAUGUGUGUUCUGUACAUGAACAUUGAUGUUUUGAGGGGGAAAUACUGUGUUAGGGAAACCUCAAAUGAUAAAAAGAUCCAAAGCUAACAAAGGGAAAGUGUGUAGCUGCAUACAACACUAAUAGCUAUUAGAGACAUGUUUCAAUUUGUAUUGUAAAUAUAAUGUGGCCUUUCAGGUGUGACAGAAUUGCAGAAUAUUUUAGGAAUACAGGUGUUAUACGUUUUAAUUGUGUAGUGAAUUAACUAUUCUUUAAAGAAUUUCUUUUUCUAUAAAAUGUACAGUUGAAUUAACUUAUAACAGUUUUUUUUUUUAAAAAGUAUUUUGGAACUUUAGUCCUCUAUGAACUUGCAAACAAUAAAUGGAUUUAGAAAAUGUA